AUGCUUCUACUUUCCCCUCUCAUUUCUGUGCCGGCUCAGAUCGUGGGUGCGCUGCACGGCUCUCCGCGCGAACUUGGAACAAGAGAGACGACUGUCGGCUCAUCGAAUGUAACGAAUGUAUCCAACCAAGAUUACUAUAUCAACGUCACUCUUGGAGGGAUACCGUUUGAGGUGCUAAUAGAUACAGGAAGUUCAGAUUUGUCGGUGUCGGGAUCCGUACCAAAUGCUCAUGAUACGGGGAAGAUAGGCGACGUCUCGUACGUAGUGGGAGGUGCCAAGGGUCCUGUGCAAACUACAGAACUGGAAUUACUUGGAUAUUUGGUGCCUGACCAAGCUUUCAUCAAUCAACUUGCAUCUAACAUGUCUCUUAUGGGGAGUGGUGUCAUUGGUCUCGGACCGCCUUCCGGGUCUGUGGUGCUGUCGACCCUAGGCAGCUCAACUGGGAAGCCAGCCCUGGAGCAGAUCUUCGAGCAAAACAAGACCACACCCAACUACCUUACGGUCCUGUUAGGGCGUACCGACGACCAAGGCGGAGAUUCGAUGGGAUACCUGACCAUCGGCGAGACGCUUCCGCAGUAUUCAAACAUUACUUCACAGCCCAAACUGGCUAUAACAACUGUACCAAGCAGCGACAAUGGAAAUCAAUACUGGCAGACGCUGCUCGAUGCCGAUGGUGUCAUCGGUCCUACUGGAGAAUCUGUGAAGAUCCAGAGCGCAGUGUCGAGCACCUCUAACAAAGAGCAGUUAACAGUUGUCUUUAUUACUGGCUACAGUUUGCCCCAGGUUCCGGCUGCUAUUGCGGAGGCGUUCUACGGCAGUGUUCCCGGUGCAUCGCUUAUCACAGAUCCGACAGUCAACGGGAAGAUAUGGCGCGUUCCUUGUGAAUAUGAGGUCAACGUUACAUUCAAAUUCGCCGGUCUCAGCUAUCGUGUCAACCCGCUGGAUACUGUGGUCACCGCCAACGCGAUCGAUGAUAAUGGCGAGAAAAUCUGCUAUGGCGCGUUUCAACCCAGUUGUGCACAAACCCAGGAGUAUGACAUCAUUUUUGGCAUCGCAUUUUUGCGGAAUGUCUACAUGCUGAUCAACUUCGGUGACUAUGUGGACGGUUCAACCACCAAUCGCGCAGCACCGUACAUCCAGCUACUCUCCACGUCCAGCGACACUGCGCAGAUGCACGACGAUUACGUUUCACUUCGUGGUGCGCUGUUCUGGAGACCUACACCUCUACCACCGAAUUAUUCGUCAGGGACUCCUUGGGUGCAGCGCCACCUCCUACUUAUCAUCUCUCUGAGCGUAGUCAUCAGCCUGACCCUAAUUGGUACCACUGUCGUGUGCUUAGCGAAGAGACGGGGAUCUAAAACAAUGGGCGCUCCCAUGCGUUCCAUGUUAAUCGACCAGAAGUACCAAACCCUGGACAAAUAUGUCCCGGAACAGGAGGACAUUCUACCCCUCUUGGACCCGGAGAGUAUGCCCCAGGCGUGGGACUCUCCCCGUUAA